AUGCUAGUUCUAACGAACAGCGUUUGUCCCAUCGACUUUACUUUGGCCAAUGAUACUACUACUACUAUAUACUAUAUACUAUAUACUAUAUACUAUAUACUAUAUACUAUAUACUAUACGCGUUUUCUGAGGAGCAACAUGAGACUUGAUUUUCCUAUAGUCUGGCUACUAUACUAUACUAUAGAACCCUGGGCCAUGUUUCCCGAGAGAGACUGCCUUCUCUCAGGCCAGCAGUCUUAUACUUAUAGUCGACUGCUCUAUGACGAUCUGACCUCUUUCCUGGGCUCUGCUCGCUCGUCUACGCUCCGACCAAUUCAGUCAAAAUCGAAAAAACGAUGUUUCGUCUAA